CACAAGAGAGUUUAUUGAAGAAAUAAUCAAAUGAAAUUGAUCUGCUUUGUAAAAAAUAAAGUGAUCCAGUUUGCGAUAUUUGAAUUUCCCUCGUGUGUUUGUUAGAAAUGUGGCAACGUUGCAGUGACAGAGACCCUGCCCGCAACGUUCUCCGGGAGCGUAGGUCUAGUGUGACGUCACGGUAGCCUAGUUGGGUUAGGUUUUACGCUGGAAAUUCUAACGAAAAAUUUUUUGUUUGACGAUUAAUGUUUUCCCCAUUGUAUCUGCCGCAUUGAGCGACGUGAAGAGCUAACGCAGUGGCGAGCAGUAAUCGUAUUUCGUAAACUGUUCGAUCGCGAGACUUCGCGCUAUCGGCGUAUAUGAGAUUUUAAACGGAAAAUGAAUCGACAUGACGGGGUAAGUUGUGACGCCUGCUUAAAGGGGAAUUUUCGGGGUCGUAGAUAUAAGUGCCUCGUAUGCUACGAUUAUGAUUUGUGUGCCAACUGUUAUGACGGAGGUGCCAGUACAACACGUCACCACAGUGAUCAUCCUAUGCAGUGUAUACUUACUAGAUCUGAGUUUGAAUUAUAUUAUGGUGGAGAAGCAGUAAGUGUAGAACAACCACAAUCUUUAACUUGUCCUUACUGUACAAGAAUGGGUUUCACUGAGGCUACACUACAAGAACAUGUUGCUGCAGAUCAUUCAGACACUUCUUUUGAAGUUGUUUGCCCAGUAUGUGCAUCUGUCCCAGGAGGAGAUCCUAAUAAUGUGACUGAUGAUUUUGCGGGUCAUUUAAGUUUGGAGCAUCGUAGCGGGCCAAGAGAUUUGAUCUCUUUUCUAGAUGAACCAACUUCAAGUCGAUAUACUGGUAGACGGAUAACACAUGCUACUAGAGUUGUUGGUGGAUCACGGCCUCGCAGGUCCAAUAUGCAUUUCAGUUCGUCUGGAGGAUUGAGUCCGAGUAGUCGAGAAGGUAUAGAUCCAAUUACAGAGUUACUUUCUCAAUUAUCCGGUGUUCGUAGAAGUGGUGGAGGAACUGGUCAGAGUUCAUCAGCACCAUCGCAAUUACAACAAUUGCAAAUGCAGCUACAGCUGGAGCGACAACAAGUUAGAGCUGCUAGACAACAAUUGGAACGAUUACCUAGGAGACAGACUCAGGUUCUUGGCUCUGCAAGUUGUGGAGGAAUUAUUAGUGGAAGUGGUCAUUCUACUACUAUGACCAGUGUGGUAGCAAAUAGUACGAUUAGUAAUAAUAAUACAACUAAUGUGGCGAACCCGUCCGGCGUAUCAUCUACUAGUUCACAGAACUAUAUGUUUUUAUUGCCAAAAUGUAUUACCAGUUCUCUCUCCGACUCACAAUUGCAAAAUAUUGAACGUGAAAGUGCAAAUAGAAGUCUCUUUACGUGCGAACUUAUUCUUGGAACACUUUCUAAAACAUUGCCGGAGUUAACACAGGAACAAUCUGUAACGCAAACACCAGUAUCAAGUGCAACUACUGCUACAAGCAGUCCCGAAACACCAAAUGCUAACUCUUCCACAGUUUCUACGAAGAAAUUAAAUGUAACUCAAGAGGCAAAAAGGGAUCAAACAAUGAAUAAACAUGUAACGCAAACAUCUACGCAACAAUCACAUACUGUUCAAACUACUACUGCUGGGAGUGUGGGGACGGGUCUUCAGAGUCAAGGAUUGCCCCCAAAUUCUAAUAACCUCGCGUUACAAAAUACACCUAUGGUUCAAACACUGAUGCACAGCGUAUUACCUGAGUCACUGGUAUUGCAGGAACCACUGUCAUUACCAUAUAGUAGAACUAUCAGAGAACCGAUAGUAACCCCAGCACCAGCGUACCUUAGAGGUGGGGUCGGUCCAGUUGGUGUAACAGGUCCUUCACGUAGGAAGCCAGUUAGGGCUGUAGAUGGCAGAAACCAAUCUACGGAACCACCGCCUCCACACUAACCCUUCCUUAGCCCGUACCCACCCACCCUGAUUCUUCACAGGACCCUCUAGCACUAGUCCUAGCACUGUUUAGAACACCUCAUCAUUAUUGUUAUUAUUAUAAUAUUAUAUAUUAAUAAUUAUUCAAAUGCCCUCCUCCUCACCCUCCCUAUCUUAUCACUUUUCAAAACUCUAAUCUCGCCAUCUUUUGUCGUUAUGUGACAUGGAACAAGGGCAAGGGCUGAUUCGCCGACACAUGCAAAUAAUGUAAAUAACUCACUUCUUGCAGUCAUAUACACUCCUAGUACACACUCCUCAGCGAGUCUUGCCACGUUCUACAUCGAUAUUAUAUCCAUUUAUAAUAACUUGAUCGAGGAUAGAGACGGGCAGGUAAAAAUAAUAACAAUAUAAUUACAUUAGUGUUUUUUUGUUUGGUGGUUAUAUGGGUUUGUUAGAACAGAAUUAGAUUGAUAAAAUACUCAGUUUUGUUUAACAUGUAAAAUCUCGGAGAUGUAGAAACUUUAACAAUUCAUAAGACGUACUGCCCGUCAUACGCACCAGUUUAAUUGUGUUUAAUUCAAACUGGUUAAAUUUUUUUGGUCGUCGUAUGUUUGAUAUAUAUAUAUUUUUUUUUUAAAUUAGUCUAAUGUUAUGUAUAUCUAAAAUACAAAUAUGUUUUAUGGGAAAAGGUUUAUAAAUCUAUCUAGGCUGGUCCGUUUACAUUUGAAAAAUCUUAAUCAUCAGACAAAUAUUUUAAAGCGAACACUAGUAACUUUUAAUCUACAUGUUUUAUAAAAAAAAUUAUAGAAGCGCAUGUGUAUUAACGUUUUGUUAGAAAAACAUAAAUUUUAAAUAGACAAUUAUGUAAAAUUUGAAUCACUUCAGAAAGUUAAAUCAGAACCAAUGAUUCUGGAUAUUAAAUUAGCGGACCAUCCCUUAAUACGUUAUUGUUUAUUGCUCAGAAUUUAGUAUUUUAAAAUGGAGGGAUUAAACUGGAUGCUACAUGCUAAUCAAACAAAUCUAAAUUAUUUUUUUUUUAUCAAAAUUAAUCGUAAUUUACUUAACUUAUUUGUUAGAAACUUAAUUUUUGUUCCCGUUUCGAAUUUUGCAUACGUUGCGUCAGCAUAUUUUAAAAAUAUUUUCCCUUGAAAAAAUCCUUUUUUUUUAAAUCAUUCAUUUCUGUACACAUUUCUGUAAUCACUCCAUUUUACAAUGUGAAAUGAGAUAAUAUUUGUAUGUGUGUUUUGUUUUUUUUUUCUCGAUAAUAGAAGCUUUAUUGAUUUGAAAUAUGUAAGAAUUAUACAAUGUAUUGAAGAAAAAAUUAGGAAUGUUUGUAUUACAUUUCUUCGAAUUUGAAUUGAAGUUUACAACAUAGUUAUUGUUUGUUUUACACAAAAAGUAUCUAAAACAAUGCAUAUAGUACAUGCGUAUGACGCACGCGAAUGCAUUCAAAACUUGUGAAAAUUCUACUAAAAGUAGAAUUUGAAGAUGCUCUUAUAAACGAGCAACAGUUAUUUUUCAAUUGUUUUUAAAUCCUAUUUCUCUUUCUUUAAUUUUUGCCAAGAUUUUCUUGUUAAUCAAUUUAUGUAUAUUUCAUAUUGUAAUUAAUUUCCCCUUGUAUUAUUUUCUGAUAUCUUAUGUUAAUUAAUUGUGGGUGUAUCUGCAAGAUGUGGAUGAAAAGGAAGUAAAAUUAUACAUAUACAUAUAUACAUAUAAACUUGUAAAAAGUUAUAUAAAAUAUGUAGCGUGUGAUUUCAUUCUUUUGUCUUGUGCUCUCGCGUGUUCUGGCAUUCUCAGUGAUAAAUUUGAGAUCGAAUUACUUAUAACGUUACAAAAUAACCAAAGGUAUUGAAAAGACCAUACAUUUUGUUCUUUUUAUUUUCCUGGAUCUUUCAGUUUCAAUUAUAAAUCAAUAUCUUUUUUUAAAUAUAUAUAUAUAUCUGCUUCAUGCACCUGUUUUUCGAAUACUUCUAAUAAUUUCUCACAUUUCCCUGUGAUGUCUGAAUUGGAAAUAAAAUAUAUAAAAUAGUAAAGCAACGUUGUAAAAAAAAAAAAAAAAAAAAAAAAAUGAAAAGUAUACUAAUUGCCUUAACGUGAAAUGCCUGAGAAGGAAAAAGUUUAGCCUUUUGUGGAAUGCGUGGUUAAUCAAAAGAAUCCUUUGCACGUGAUAUAUUUCAAAUAAAAGUGAUGGUGUAUACUUAUCUAAACUGAAUAAAUAUGUGCAUAUCCAAAAAAAA